AUGCCCUCAUACGCACACGACUGGUCGCAGAACGGAACUGGGGGACUGAGAACACAUGGGCGACAUUUCAUAGACGCUUACGGGCGCGUAUGCAACUUGCGAGGAGUAAACCUGUCGGGGUCUUCGAAGAGUCCAGCCGACCAUGAUCACGAAAACUUCCCGGGCGACCACAAGUUUGUCACUUUCGUUGGGCGCCCGUUUCCACUAGAAGAGGCUCCAGAGCAUUUUGCGCGUCUUCGCCGGUGGGGGUUGACGUUCAUCCGCUUCUUGGUGACAUGGGAAGCAGUCGAACACGAAGGACCUGGAAUUUACGACAGGGAAUACCUAGACUAUCUCCGAAGUCUUCUAUCCUUACUGCCAAACUACGGAAUAUCGGCUUUCGUGUCGCUUCAUCAAGAUGUCUGGUCUCGUUAUUCUGGAGGGUCAGGCGCUCCAGCCUGGACCUUGGAAGCCGUCGGAUUCGAUUUGCGUGCCAUUGAAGAGGUGGGCGCCGCUUGGCUGCAUGGGAUGAGGGGCAGAGGGCACGUCGAAGCGGAGCGUGGCAUAUGGCCGUGCGGGUACCAGAAGUUGAGCGCGGCCACAAUGGCUACGUGUUUCUGGGCAGGAGCCACGUACGCCCCAAAGUUGCUAGUGAAAGAUCGGCACGGCAAAGAAGUCAACAUUCAGCAAUAUCUACAGAACGCUUUCUUGGAUAUGUGGGAACUGGUUGCUCAGUCAGUCGGGGAUCUAGAAGGUGUCCUUGGAUUUGAGAUGAUGAACGAGCCGCAUAGAGGCUACAUUGAAAUACCAUCACUACAUGCCUUCGACUACAACACAGACCUUCAUCUGUCGCACGUUCCUUCCGCCUUCGAAUCGUUCCAGUUGGGUGCUGGCCACCCUACUCUCGUUUCAACGUGGACCCGCUCGUUCCCCAUGCCUACGAAAAAGACGUCGACCACUCUGCUCAAUACAUCCAAGCGCAAAGCAUGGCAGCCUGAUGGCCCGACGAAUGGUCGUUGCUUGUGGGAACUCCAUCAUGUCUGGGGCUGGGACAACGUGAAGGAUCAACCCGUUGUUCUUCAGGAAAACUACUUCAGCAAAAUACCGACUACUGGAAAGAAAGUCGACUGGUACACAGACUUUUACUACCCUCUAUUGAACCAGUGGGCUGAGCGCAUCCGCACCAUCACAUCUCCAGACAAGCUCAUUUUUGUUGAGCCAAUUCCCAACGAGUUCUGUCCAACGUCUUUAGCAGAGCAUCAACCUUCGAACAUGGUAUUUGCACCGCACUGGUAUGACCUCAACGCCCUUUUUACCAAAGCCUAUGGAGACUUUACGGUCAAUGUUCAAGGGCUCUCAAGGGGAAUGUUCCCGCUGAAAACGUUUUACUGGGGUCACAAAGGUGCCAGAGAGAACUACACUCUGCAAAUUCGAAACAUCGUUGAGAAGGCGUAUGAUGCUCUUGGUGAAAGACCCGUUCUACUUGGGGAGUGUGGAGUGCCUAUGGAUAUGAAUAAAGGCGAAGCUUUUGAGACGGGAGACUUCAAGUGGCAGGCUCGGAUGAUGGAUGCUUUGAUGACAGGUCUUGAGCAAUCAUUGGUUGGUUUUACAUUAUGGAACUACAACCCCGACAACGACGACCAGCGAGGUGACGACUGGAACGGAGAGAACUUUUCUUGGUUCAGCCGAGGUCGUGCAUUGCCCCCCUCUUUGCUCUAUCACGAGCAGGACGCGCCGUCUCUCGACAACGGCGGCAGGAUCUUACCAUCCAUCGUCAGACCUUACGCAGCGAAAACGGCUGGUAUACCCAUCCACUUCCAGUAUGAAAUGAACACAGGGGCUUUCACAUACACAUGGAGCGUUUUCCAGCCUCCCAGGACGGGUCACGCCGCACUCACGUCCCUUGAGACGGAGAUAUUCCUGCCGUCGCAGUUGACACAUGGGAGAAGAGUCAUCGUCAAGGGGUUGGCUCCGGGCGAUAAGUAUCGAUAUGACGAAAGUCGGCAGACCUUGUUCAUCGUGUGUCAGGACACAAGCUUCGACAAGUUCCAUAGUAUUAUCGUUUCUUUGGAUCCCCCGCUGGCUCCUGCGUUUGCAGUUAACGACUUUAGGAGUGAUUUUGGUGGGAUGAUCAUGUCGACUUUGGUGGCGAUUCUUGCGAUUCUUGCUUACUUUUUCCUUCUCUAA